GUACAUGUUAAAAAAAACAAAAAAAAAAAAUGGCAUCAAACAUCAAUGGCAUAUGGUGGGAGCAAGCCAUCGGCAAGAAACAAGAGCUUGUUUUUGCCGGUCUUGUUGUUAUGGUUAUGACUCUAGCCAUUUCAUGGUACAACAAGACUGUUUCAAGCUCAUUGCCACCUGGCCCCAAAGGUCUACCAAUAGUGGGCUACUUUCCAUUCCUUGGCCCUAACUUGCACCACGAGUUCACCAAAUUAGCUAACCGUUAUGGGCCCAUUUUCAAGCUCUAUCUCGGAAGCAAGCUUCAUGUCGUGGUGAACUCGGCGGAGCUAGCCAAGGUCGUAACGGGUGAGCAAGACGAGAGUUUCGCUAAUAGGGACCCGCAUACAGCUGGUCUAGCGGCGAGUUACAAUGCUAAUGAUGUUGCAUGGGCACCCAACAACGCUAACCGGCGUAAUUUACGAAAAGUUUUGGUGCAUGAAGUCCUUAGCAAUGUGAAUCUUGAAGCUUCUCAUUCGUACCGUCGAGAUGAAGUCCGAAAGACCAUAAAAACGGUCUAUAAUAAGAUUGGUACGACGGUUGAUAUCAACGAGAUAUCUUUCUCGACGGUUUUGAAUGUGUUAACAAACAUAGUUUGGGGCAAAGGGUUGGUUGAAGGGUCGAAGUAUGUUAAUCUUAGCGAUGAGAUACGAAAAGUGGUAUCCGGUGUCGUUGAGAUUGCCGAGGGACUAAAUGUCUCGGAUUUCUUCCCCACGCUUGCACGCUUUGAUCUUCAAGGCGUCAAGCGAAAAAUGGAUAACCAAAUGAAGCAAUUCGACCGUAUUUUCGAGAAAACAAUAGGAGAGAGAACACUAGAAAAUAAAGGACAAGUUAAGCAAGAAGGAAAGAAAGAUUUCUUGCAGAUCUUGUUAGAGCUUAAAGAUCAAACCACGGGGCCCUCAAUCACCAUGACUCAAUUGAAAGCCCUAGUUGUGGAUAUCUUUCUUGGAGGCACAGAUGCAACUUCAGCCAUGGUGGAAUGGGCCAUGACUGAGAUUUUGAGAAACAAAGAGGUGAUGAAGAAGGUACAAAUUGAGCUAGAAGAAAUAGUAGGUCUAGACAAUAUAGUUGAAGAAUCCCAUAUUCCAAAACUAAAAUAUCUUGAUGCGGUGUUCAAGGAAACGUUUCGAUUGCAUCCACCGUUACCGUUCCUUCUUCCUCGAGCUCCAAACAAGACCUGCAGCGUUGGUGGAUACACUGUUCCAAAGGGAUCAACCAUCUUUUUGAAUGUAUGGGCUAUACAAAGGGACCCUAAGUAUUGGGACAACCCAUUUGAGUUCCUCCCUGAGAGGUUUUUGAACAAUGAGGGAUUAGAAAAGUGGGAUUAUAGUGGGACGAAUCCCAAGUUUUUCCCGUUUGGAUCGGGUCGAAGAAGGUGCCCGGGUAUCCCAUUAGGAGAGAAGAUGAUGAUGCAUAUUUUGGCUUCAUUGAUGCAUUCAUUCGAGUGGAGCUUGCCAGAAGGAGAGGAACAUGAUCUUUCAGACAAAUUUGGUAUCGCAAUGAAGAAAAAAAAGCCACUUGUAGUUAUCCCAUUAAGACGGUUGAGAGACGAGAAUCUAUACAUGUGACCUGCCUAUGUUUAACGGGAUGAUGAUUGAGUAAUGUUCUAAACCUAUAAAUGUGAUAUUGUCUAUGCGUUUCGAGGA